AUGCAAUAAGAGAAAGUCAGGAUUUAUUAAGGAAGAUUUGUACAAAAAGAAAAAUUAAACCAAGGUAUAUAAAAUGUUUGAUUUAAAAGGAUCUUUUGGAGUUGUUUAUAUUUGUCAUGAUAAAUUUACUAGAGAUUAUGUAGCCAUUAAAGUUGAAAAAGAAAAUAGUGAUUUAAUGAGUUUAGAAAGAGAAAUAUAGAUAAUAGAGGAAUUAAGAGGAAUAGUUGGUAUACAAAUUUAUUAUUAAUCUUCAGGAGUUCCAAAACUCUAUUGGUAUGGAAAUGAAUAUAAUUCAAAUUGUAUGGCUAUGCAAUUACUAGGAAAAGACUUGGCUCAUUUUUUAAAAAGAUUCAAAAAACUAUCAUUAAAAACCAUCUGUAACUUAGCUGAAUAGUUACUUACUAUCAUAGAAGAAGUUCAUAAAAGGUAUAUAAAUUUUUAUAUAAAAGAGGUGUUAUACAUAGAGAUAUUAAACCAGAAAAUAUUCUUAUGGGAAGAGGAACUGAUUCUCAAUAAGUUUAUUUAGUAGAUUAUGGCAUUUCUAAAAAAUAUCGAGUUAAUAAUUAACAUAUGUAAAUAUUUCUAUAAAUAUUUAGAUCAUUUUAAGAGAAUAAACCUUUCAUGGGAACUACUCGUUAUGCUAGUAUUUCAGCUCAUAAAGGCUAUGAAUUAUCCAGAAGAGAUGAUCUAGAAAGUCUUGGAUAUGUAUUCAUAUACUUAUUAAAAGGUAUCUCUUAAAUUUAAUGAUAGGAAAUUUACCAUGGUAAAAUAUCACUUCUUCUUCAGAUAGAGAAAAAACAAAGCUAGUUGGUAAAUUAAAAAUGGAAAUAGAAAUGAGAGAAUUAUGUAAAGGUCUUCCACUUGAAUUCUAAAAAUAUAUGGAUUAUGUAUAGAAAUUGAAAUUCUAAACAACUCCAGAUUACAAAUACUUAUUUUAAUUAUUCUAAAAGAUUGCUUCCUAAAAUGGAUUCAAUUUAGAUCGAAAAUUUGAUUGGAAUGAUAAUUAAACUAGUUCUACCAAAUCAUCAGAUUAAGCAUAAUAAUCUUUUAAUGAUAUUGACAUUUCAAAUUUAUAGGGUGAUUAUCUAAAAAUACCUGAUCUAAAAAGAAGUGAAAAAAAGAAAUCAUUUUAAGCUAUAGAAUAAUUUAGUUCGUAAUAAUCAUCUGUUGUAUUAAAUUACGUUCCAUCAGUUGUAUCCAAAAUUAAUAGUCGAUUAAAAGAUAGUCAUUAUCAAAGAUCCCGACAAAAUUCAAAAAAUUCUUUCUCUAGAGAAUCCUCAUUAAUUAGAUAGCCUAUUGGUCAAAGAUUAUAAGGAUAAAUAUUUAAAAAUGGUGAAUUUAGAGAUUUAGAGGAUAGAGAAAAAUACUAAAAUAAAGAUAAAAAUAAAAAAAAAAAAUAAACUAUUAAUUUUGAUGAUUUUGAUGAUUUCGACGAUUAAUUAAAUGAUGAUGUUGGAAUCUAAGGUAAAGUAGGAAUAAUAAAUGUUCAUUUUAAAGAACAUCUAUCAAAAUAAUGA